GUAAACAAAGGUUAGAUAUCAUUUUGCAGGAUUUGAAUUUUUAUGGAUUUUUUUUGUAAUAAGUAUGAUUAUGAAAUAUUUAAUUACAGAUUUCCUGUUUGUUAUUUUAACUAAGUGGAAGAUUUAAAAUAAGAUAAAAUGUAUAACUUCUAUAGGUACAAAAGAAUUUAAUAGCAUGAGAUCUUUGACAACUUAUUUGGGACUUUAUUGCUGACUUGUAGUUGCCAAAGGUUUCACACUUUAUGGAUCAAUAUCUAUUGAAAUGCUGUUGGGAUUUAAAGUAUAUAUUCUUAAUUUGUAUUAAGAUGAAUAAUUAUGCAGAAAUUUAUUACAUGAAGUGGAGCAAAGCUUGAAAACAGACUUAAAAUUCUUAUUUAAAAACAGAAGUCAUAUUUAAAGGAACUGUACAUUAAUGAGAUGGAUUUCAGAACAUUUGUAAACAAAGAAAAUUUCAAAGCUAUAUUACUACAGCAUUUGAAGGACCAAGUUAAAUCUAGAUUUAACUCUGCUAUAUUAAAAAAAAUAAACGAAAACUUUGAAAAAGAAGAAACUACUUCUACUGAUGUUUUAGUGUCUUCAAUCAGCACUGAUAUCUUUGACUCUGAAGAAUAUCCAGAAUUUUUAAAUUCAUUUUUGGGCAAUGUCAAUACUUUACUGGAAGAUGAAGACAAAUAUGUUCCAAAGGUUCAUAAACCUGAAUGCAGUUCACAGUGUAGUUCAGCAUCAAGUGUCAAUGCUUCGUCGAUUGAUUUCCUAAGACCUGAUCAAUUUCAAAAUAUUGUACACACUCUGUCCAAUGGCACUAAUGCUGAAAAAUUGGAAGCUUUGGCGACACUACAUCACUUACCCACAAUGGAACAUGUUAUCCAUCAUUUUUCCUGGUCAGAUGUUGAAAAAGGACUUCAUGAUUCUUUAUCAAGUAAUAUAGUUUUUUUAAAAGCUGAAGGUUUAAAGUUUUAUAUUAAAAUGCUUAGUUGUCCAGAAUCAAAAGUUGUCUUAGAAAGUUACCUCAGUCUUAUUAAAUACUUUCUUCAGAUUCUAAUGCCAUCUGUAAGUCAGAUCUCUGAAGAAUAUGAAUUUAUUAACCAGUGUAAGAGUGCUGUUGAAAUAUUAUCCAUUUUAAAUAAAUUUCUCCAAAAUAUCUCUACACACUGGCUACGGUACCCUCAGUCAGCCAUUGAGGUUAUUACUAUACAGAGCUUGAAUAUUUUGUCAACUGUUUGUAAUGAAAGUGGUGCAUUCCCUAUUUGGAUGUGUUUUGCUUUGUGUGAUCCAGAAGCAAAAUGGUUAAAAAGUCUUUUACAUGGUCAUGUGAGUCGUGCAUGUUUGCUAGAAGCAUUAAGGAAAAAUAAAAAUAUUCUACAUCAAGCUGUGGAAUUGUGUGAUAGAUAUUGUGAUGAAAAAAAUACUUUAUUAUGUAAGGAUGAUUGUUGCCAAAAAUCUCAUGUAAUUGCAAAUAUAAGUCAUGUUAUUUGUUUCUUGUCACACUUGCUACAGUAUAGUGAAGGCCGCAAAAUUCUUAGUUCUGAACAAGAUGAUAAAUUUUUAUCAAGUUGGAUAAAUAUUCUGAAAAUUGUUAUGAACUCUGUACAUAAACUAUGUGAUAGCUCCUGUCUUAACUGUUGUUCAGUUGUCUGUGAUACAGUAUCAAAAAAGUGGUAUUAUUUAUUAUGUUAUGACAAAUCAUCAAUUCCUAUUAAUGAUCUCAUUAAAAUUCUUGACACACCUUUUUCUACAGAAGAUGAUGUGAGCUUGAAUACACUUUAUUUUACAAUGCAAUGUUUUAGUGAAGCAUAUCAGAAUCUUUAUAAUGUUUCACAUUCCGUUGAAGCAGCUACAAAUAUUCAAGAUUUUGUAUUGCAGCUCCUAUCUCAAUUUACUGUUGGUUUUUCAGACUAUGAUUUGAAGGAUGAACCUUCUGUUUUAUAUUUAUUUAAUGCUAGUCUUAUACUCAUUAGAAGGAUAUUCCUAAUACCUUCAUCUUUAUUUUUUAAUAUCGAUUUCAUUGAAAUUUUAUCAAGGUGGUGGUUGAAAAUCAAAACUUUAACUGGAACCAAAUCAUCUGUUAAUAAUUUCCAGAAUGCUAAAUAUGACAAAGAUAUUUUCUCUGAAAUCAAUAAAAACGUUUUAGAUGUCUCCCUGUGUUUCUUGCAUAAACCUGUUGGUAUAAAUUUAUGCAACGAUUUAUCAAUUUUUGAAUUAAGUUUAAAUAUGUUAUUAGAAAAGAUUUUGGAAGAUAUAAAAUCAAGACAUUGUGUUUGUCCUUAUGAUAUAUCGAUUGUAUCAACUGCUUUAAACAGUUCAAUUUCCAUGAAAAAUCUUGUGAAUAAAACAAUAGUGUUUAGAUUGUCUUCAAUUAUUUGGCAAUUUCUUGAAUCUAGCAAUGAUGUAUUUGAAAAUUUAUCAUCUUUGAAAUGCAUACUUGAAAAUGUGCUGCCAUCUAUAUUUUGGGAUCUUGCUUCAACUGAAAUUAUAAAAUCUACUGACUUGGCAUCUGAAAAUAAUUUACUUGAAAAUGUACUAUUAUUUCCCAACUUGUCUAAUGAAUCCAUUAUUUCUGAAGAUUAUAACAUAUUAGGCCUUCAAAUUAUUUCACUUUUGGCUUCAUCCAUUCAUUCUGUAUGUUUAUUGCAAGUUAAAUAUAACACUACAGAUUUACUUUUAGAUCUUUUAUCUCAACAUACUAGUAUAGAUGAUGAAAUAGUUAUUGAUCCAAUAUCAAUAUUACAGAAUCACAUUUUGGCAAAAUUAUUUGUUGUAGGUGGACCCAGUGAAAAAAAUUUACCCAAUGAAACAUUUGAAAAUGAUACUGAUUCUUAUGAUUGGCCCUUUAUUACAGAGCUUCCAAUUCCUGAAAUAUUUUAUGGUUCUAAAAUUUAUAAUAAUGAUGACGACUGUCAGAUGGAAUUGAGUGAUGAUACCUUAAAUGUGGAUUUAAAAGAGAAGAUUUUAGAACUCAUCGAACAAAAAGAAAGUAAUUCAUCUAAAUUCAUUUUUCAAUUUCUGCAAAAAAAUAUUGAUAUUUUGCAAUGUGAUCUAACUUUUCCGCUAAAUAUAAAUGCACUAGAUGAUCCUAAUUCAAAAUUGUGUGAAGAAGAAUAUGCUGGAAUAGCUUUAGUUGAAAGAUAUGGAAAACAUUUAAAGUUAAUAACCGAUGAUGAUGAGGGCAAAUUAGAACAAUUAUUAAAAGCUUGUAAGACUCUUAUUAGUUCAGAAAAAAGUAACAAGUUAGAUAUAUUUGUUUGUACAGUAUAUUUAAUAUGUGAAAGUGAUAUUGAAACUGUAUGGAUAUUUUUACAAAAUUUUGCCAAAACAGUGAAUUCUGUUUUUAUUUGGAGAGAGCUAAUGGUUCAGAUAUCAGAGAAUACCUCACAAAAAUAUGUUAAACCUUCAACCGUAAUAUUGGAAUGGUGUGAUAUUAUAAUAAAAAGAACAUUUCCAUUAUUAUUCUCUGCAUUUGAAUUUCGAGGUAUUUUGCCAUCUGUUAUUUAUAAUUACUGGACAUUGCAAUGUUACUGGAAUUACUUAGAUUUCAUGGAAAUUUCUCAUUUUGUUUUGCUCAGUGUUAUAUUUUCUGGUGAAUAUUCACUGUACUUCUUUGCAUCCAUAUUAAAGCAUCAAUAUAAUUUUAUUUUGCAGAAUGCUCAUUGUAAUAAUCUCUACAGUCUGUUGUUGAAAAAUUCAAUUGAAGGUUUCAAAGUGUGUGACUAUAUAGAUUUCAUGAACGAUCUUUCUUCUACUUUUCAUGAUUCUAUAACACAAAGUGUUAUGGCAAUUCUGUAAUUGUAAAUUUGUAUUUGAAGUUGUUAAAAUGUUUUGUUAAUGACUGUUAUUUAUAAAUUAAAUUUAUUUAUUUAUUUAGCUUUGCUUUGUUUUUUUACAUUGUUAGAUAUUAAAAGAAAUGCAAUAAUUUCCAUAAACCUUUGUGUUUGGGUGUGCAGGCGUAUUCAAAAAAAGAAGGGGGGAAAAAAAGAAUUCUGUCUAAAUUUAGGCUUGACAGAAAAUGAUUUUUUUUUAACCUCUUUCUUGGAAAAAAAGUGGUUUAUUUUAGAAGAGAACAUAAAUUUUUCGAAUUUUAUUUUUAUGUGCCAUAAUGAUAUUUUGUGCAAGUUGUUCUCUGAUGUUAAAGGUAGAUCAUGCAUGCCAAAAAACAAGUCAGUUUGGCAAUAAAGCAACACAAGAAGUCACUACAUUAAGCUUUUUGUCUGUAAAUUAAAUAGAAAGGAUACACCAAUACUCAUAGUUGAUUUAAUGCAUAUUUGCAAUAAGUAACAAUCCAAAUAUAUUAAUAACAGCAUUAUAACUCUGAAUAACAAACCCUUUGGACACUUGCUUUAAAUACUUCUGCAUUCUACUUGCAGCUGUAUCUGUCACAUU